ACGACGGGAAACGUAGGCCCAUUUGCCACUAUGAGGGUUCUCUUUGUGUGCACCUUGUGCAUUUACGCCGUCCUGGGCGACGAUAUCAAACUGUCCCAGCAACGGGAUGUCCUCGACCUCUUCAAGUACAUGCACCAGAGGACGAGCUUGAAAAAACACGUCGACAUCGCAAACACCUUCAGCAUUAAGGCGAACAUCGACAAGUACACGCACCCGGAGCUGGUCGACGAGUUCUUAAAGCUGUACGAGUACGGCCUACUGCCAAUGGACGAAAUCUACGGACUAUUCUACGAGGAGCACCUCGAAGAGGCCGCCGCCCUCUUCAAGGUCUUCUACUUCGCCAAGGAUUUCGACACGUUCUACAAAUCGGCGUGCUGGGCCCGCUUCAACGUAAACCAGGGCGUCUUUCUCUACGCGCUGUCGAUCGCGCUACAAAACCGCGCGGACACCUUCGACAUGGUCCUCCCGCCGAUUUACGAGGUCAACCCCUACUACUUCUUCAACACCGAGGUCAUACAGAAAGCGCAACGCUACAAGCAGGUGGGCCGGCCCCUCCCGGAGUUCCACUUCCAAGCGAACUACUCCGGUUGGUACAUGAACGUGCACCCAGAGCAGGCGAUGAGCUACUUCACCGAAGACGUUGGCAUCGCCGCCUACUACUACUUCUACAACCUGUACCGACCUUGCUGGAUGAACAUCGAGGAGCUCGGCGUCAACACGUACAAACGGGGCGAGCAGUACUACUACUUCUACCAGCAGCUCAUCGCGCGAUACUACCUCGAGCGGCUGUCGAAUCAUCUCGGCGAGAUUGGAAGCUACGACUACGAGGACGCCUUCGAGACCGGCUACUUUCCGUCGAUGACCUAUCCGAACGGGGUGCAGUUCCCGCAACGGCCGAACUGGGCCAAAUUCUUCAUGAACUACUACAAUCACGGGCAGAGCUUCUCGACGAAGGGACCGUACCCCUACGCCUAUAAUCGCGUCAUGGACUACGAGAGGCGAAUUCGUGACGCUAUCGACUUGGGAUUCGUUAUUACGGAGGACGGAAAACAAGUGGGAAUCUACACGCCGGACGGUUUCAACACGCUCGCCGACAUUCUCGAGGCGAAUCCGCAGGCGAUCAACUCCCAGUAUUACGGUCACCUGCUCGUCUACGCGCGCCACCUGAUCGGCUACACGUUCCAAGCUCUCGGCCCGUACAAGACGGUACCGUCGGCGCUCGAGAACUUCGAGACCUCGAUGCGCGAUCCCGGCUUCUGGCAACUCUACAAGCGUCUGAUCAUUCACUUCCAGAAGUACAAGAGGAAUCUCGAGCCGUACGCGCGCGGCUACUUGCAGUUUGCCGGCGUGAAGGUCGAGGGCAUCUCCGUCGAUCCACUCGUGACGUUCUUCGAUAAUUUCGACGUGGACAUCUCGAACGCGGUCUACGUUAACGACGACGAGUUUCAGGGGAACGAUUUCGACAUUCACGUCCGACAGUUUCGGCUGAAUCACAAACCGUUCAGCUACAGGAUUAACGUCAGCAGCGCGGAGAACGUCGAGGGCGUGCUGCGGGUGUUCAUCGGGCCGAAGUGGGACGAGUACGGGCGUUUCAUCGAGCUGGAGGAGAAUCGGUUGAACUUCGUCGAGAUUGACCGCUUCCGUUACAAGCUGGCGAGCGGCGCCAACGUCGUCGUGAGAAACUCGGAGGAUCUGCUGUUCAAUGACGAUCGCGUCAGCUUCCGGAAGAUGUACGAGAAGGUGCAGGUGGCGGAGAAACCGCACGCGUUCCCCAAACGGUUUCUGCUGCCUAAGGGACGAGCGAGCGGACAGACUUUCUACAUGUACGUCAUCGUAAGCCCUUACAAGCCGUUGGUCUUGGAGAAGGACGCGGUCGUGCCGAUAGUUGGACUGGGCGUCGAGCGUCACGACGACUUCGACCUGGGAUUUCCGUUCGAUCGCCCCAUCGACAAGACAGCGUUUUACGUGGAAAACAGCUACUUUCAAAAUGUGAUGAUUAACCACGAGGGGGACGACACCAUCUACGGGCUGACGAGGUCUUACGAUCAACUGGCGGCGGCCGACUCCAAGAAGAAGAAGGGCGAGGUUGCCAAGGUGCAGUUGAGCUACGUGCAGUCGCCCGCUUCAAAAUUCGACGAGCUGUACCUCAAGUUCCGUUCCAGUAGUAUGUACGUUCCGCAAUCCGUGCGAUUUUAGUCACUAACCGCCGGAAGUGUAGUCACCAAAGGGUUUCAGGUAGAUUAAAUUGCUGUUCAGGCUGAAAAAGUGUGUUUUAUUAAAAAAAUUGUUAAA